AUGGAGGCAAAUGCAGCAGACAAACGCCAUCGAACCAGAUCCAAAGGAGUGCGAGCCGGCGCGGAGGCCGUCACGCACGAACUCUUCUGCUGUCCGACAGAGGGCUGCGACGGGUCAGGUCACGUCAGCGGAAAAUACGCCCGGCACCGAAGCGUGUACGGCUGCCCGCUGGCUAAGAGGAGGAAGGCGCUAGAUAAGCGACCGACAGACUCGCCGCCUCUCAAGCGGAGAGCCAUCAUGGAGGACCGCCCGGAGGACGACUUGGAGGAGGAAGGCCGGCUCGACGCCAUGGAUGAAGAAGAAGAGGAGGAGGAUGACAGGGGUGAUGAAGAGGAAGAUUUCGAGGAGGAGGAGGACUUCUCUGAUGACAUCGAGGAGGAAGAGGAGCAACCAGAGGAGGCGGGAGGAGACCACAGCAUGCGGGACGAGGAAGAAGAAGACGAGUGCAACCGGCAACAGGUCGACUACCAAUCAAGUGGACAAUCAAAGCUUCUUCCGCUUCAUAAGGACGACAACAACAACAACGACCAUAGCCGCGGCGCGGGUCCCGGUCCGGUUCCGGGAUCCGGUCCCGGGCCCCGCGACGAGUUCGACAACUACGACGAGCUGGUGGCCAAGUCUCUUCUCAACCUGGGCAAGAUCGCCGAAGACGCGGCGGCCUACCAAGCCUCCGCCGAAUCGGAGAUGAACAGCGACUCGUCCGACGGCGACGACGAGGAGGAGGACCGGGACGGCGGCGGGAAGGGCGACCUCGGCGUGGACCUGGACAGCGACGCGGUGCGGGAGACGGUGGACUCGCUCAAGCUGCUGGCGCAGGGCCACGGCGCGGCGCCGCCCGACGACGGCUACCCCGGCGAGGAGGAAGCGUGUCUCAGUAGUUUAGAGUGUCUGAGGAAUCAAUGUUUCGACCUGGCGCGCAAACUCGGCGAGACGCGCCCGGACGACGCGCACCGACGGACGGCGCUCCGUCUCGAAAGGUACGAAAUGCGCCGGCCGAGCCCGGCGUCCCUGGGUUACGAAGAGGACGAGGAAGAGGAGGAGGGCCGAGGGGAGGAGGAGGAGGAGGAGGAGGAGGAGGACGCGGCGUCGGCGGCCUCGGACGACACCUUCGACAUGGCCAAGGGCAACCUGUCGCUGCUGGAAAAGGCCAUCGCGCUGGAAUCGGAGCGCGCCAAGGUCAUGAGGGACCGCCCGGGCUCCGAGUACAAGCACGCCAGGCGCGAGCGCCGCCGACAUCUUCAUCAUCACCACCACCAUCGCCGGAUGCUCGACCAACUGGACCCCGCCGCCGCGCACCACGACGCCCUCAAGAGGGCCUACUACCCCAAAGAAUCUUCGCGGGGGGACAAAAAGGAGAGCAAGUGCCCCACGCCGGGCUGCGACGGCACCGGCCACGUGACCGGGCUCUACCCGCACCACCGCAGCUUGUCCGGUUGCCCUCACAAGGAUCGCGUCCCCCCUGAGAUCCUUGCCAUGUAUGAGAAUGUUUUAAAGUGCCCGACCCCCGGCUGCUCCGGACGGGGUCAUGUCAAUAGCAACAGGAACUCGCACCGCAGUCUGUCGGGGUGUCCCAUCGCGGCGGCCGAGAAGAUGGCCAAGGUACACGAGAAGAGUCACGUGAUGGACGUCGGCGGUGGCGGCGGCAAGUCCAAUCAGACGUCAGAUCGCGUCCUCAGGCCGAUGUGCUUCGUGAAGCAGCUGGAGAUCCCGCAGUACGGCUGCAAGAACAACGUUCCCACCAGCACGCCGCGCUCCAACCUGGCCAAGGAGCUGGAGAAGUACUCCAAGACCAGCUACGACUACGGCGGAUACGAGGGACAGCACGCCGUCUACGCCAAGAGGGGCCCGCUCGCCCGCUCUCACCACGGAAGAGAUACCUCGCCCAAGGCCUACGACGGCAAGCGUUACAGCAAGACCUCCAGCCCGGCCAGCAGCACCACCAGCAGCUACGCUCCCAGCAGUAGCAGCAGCAGCAGCCUGAGCGGCAUCAUGGACGUGUGCGGCGGCGGCGGCGGGGGGCCGGGCGGCGACCCCGGCGGCGGUGCGGCGACGGGCGGCGGCAGCAGCGCCAGCAGCACGUGCAGCAAGAGCAGCUUCGACUACACGCACGACAUGGAGGCGGCGCACAUGGCCGCCACCGCCAUUCUCAACCUGUCCACCAGGUGUCGCCAGCUCCCGCACGUGGGGAAAGCGCACGGCGCGCUGGCACAGGUUUUUUGUGUCCGGCAGAGCGAGGACGAGGAGGGCGGCGGCCUGGACGCGGACGGUCCCGAGGGCACCGGGACUGUGCUGACCCCGCUGCAGCCCAUGUCGCCCCAGCGCCAGGCCCUCCUCCAUAGUCACCGCUACCAGCUGAGCCAGGCCGACUGCUGGGACCUCCCGCUGGACUAUACCAAAAUCAAACGCGUGGACGAGCGUCAGGAUGAGGGCGAGGAGCCGGACGUCUUCCGGGACCUAAUGGACGAUCGGCACUACCCGGGCGACGCGCCCAGCCCCAAACACCUCAAGUACUCGCCCUGCAAGGAGGCCAAGAAGGAGCUCCUCACGUUCUCCGGCUGCCAGCUCCUGGACAAGAAUCUGAGAGGGAUGACGUCCCCCAACGCGCAAGAGCUAAGGUGCCCCACGCCGGGCUGCGACGGAUCGGGACACAUCACGGGAAACUACGCCUCCCACAGGAGCUUGUCCGGUUGCCCUCGAGCCAAGAAGAGCGCGGUCAAAAUCCCGCACAGCAAAGAGGACAAAGACGACCAGGAGCCCAUCAAGUGUCCGGUGCCGGGCUGCGACGGUCAAGGUCACGUGACGGGCAAGUACGCCUCUCACCGCAGCGCCUCGGGCUGCCCCCUGGCGGCCAAACGUCAAAAGGACGGCUACGUCAACGGCGGCCAGCCGGCGUGGAAGGUCGGCAAGACGGACGGCGUGACGUGUCCCACGCCGGGCUGCGACGGCUCGGGUCACGUCAGCGGGAGCUUCCUCACCCACCGCAGUCUCUCCGGGUGUCCCCGGGCCACCUCGGCCAUGAAGAAGGCCAGGACCGGCGGCGGCGCCGCCGAGAUGCUGACAAUCAAGCAGAGGGCCGGAAAAGGCAUCGAAAACGACGAGGAAAUCAAACAGCUGGACGAAGAAAUCAAAGAUAUCAACGAGUCCAACAAUCGAGCCGAGUCCGACGUCAUUAAACUGAGGACGCAAAUCACCACGAUGGAGAGCAGCCUGAGGUCCAUGGAGGAGGAGAACAAGGCCAUGGAGCAGCAGAACGACUCGCUGCUGCACGAGCUGGCCAACCUCAGCCAGUCGCUCAUCAACAGCCUGGCCAACAUCCAGCUGCCGCACAUGGACCCCGUGAACGAGCAGAACUUUGACACGUACGUGAGCGCGCUGACGGACAUGUACACCCACCAGGACCGCUAUCAGAGCCCGGAGAACAAGGCCCUCCUGGAGAACAUCCGACAGGCCGUGCAGGGCAUCCAAGUCUAA